AUAAUGAGCCUUAGUUUCGAUAUAACAAGUCCUUGAUUCCGACCAGCCACUAAUUUCACCAACAGUUCGAUACUCGGUUCAAGAAUUUGAACUGUGAUAUCUUUUUCACGAGCUUGUUGGGCAUUUUUACGUUAAAUGUGCUUAACAGUGCAUUCUCAGGUUAAUUUUAAGUGAUUUUUUAAAAAAAUGUGGUCCCGCCUGUGAUAAUUUAUUCCGUGAGUCUCCAGUUUAAGAAAAAAAUAGCCAUGGAACAUACAUUCAAAAGGUCAACUAGUAAGCAGAUAAUCCUGGCAUUUCUCACAAAUUUCUCAAGUAUUGGCCCCAGCAUGACCUUGGGAUUCUCCGCUGUAGCAAUACCAACGUUAAAAACCACUCUAAGUCAAAACCAAGUCACAUGGUUUGCUAGCAUGGCGUCUUUGGCCGCACCAAUCGGCUGCUUUCUCUCCGGACCAAUAGCGGACAAAUUCGGAAGAAGAAUCUCCAUUUUAUGCAUCAACGUAACUUGCUUCAUCGGUUGGUUGACCAUAUACAGCGCCUACGCCGCCGGAAGUAAUCAGUACUUGCUUCUCCUGCUCGGCAGGUUCCUCACGGGGCUCUCCAUAGGUUUGUCGAGCGCCCCAGCUAUCAUAUACAUGGCCGAAGUCUCCAGUUCCAAGUACAGAGGCGUCUUUACCACCUGGGGAUCGAUCUUCUUUUCUUUAGGGAUCCUGCUCGUGUACAUGUUGGGGUACUUCUUAAAGGAACGUUGGGGGACUAUGGCGUUGAUAUCUUGCUUCUUUCCUUGCAUAGGGAUGACCUUCGUUUUGUUUUUCAUCCCCGAAACCCCGUCUUGGCUGGUGGGGAAGAACCGCCUGGAGGAGGCCAAGGAGAACAUGUGUAUGAUAUUCGGUACCAAAGAGUACCACCCCGUCGUCCAAUCAGAGAUAGAAGGUUUGAUACAAGCGAAGGGAGUCAAAAAGGACACUACCAAGAAGUCUAUACCGGAGCAGAUGUUGAGGAAAGUGAAAUAUUUAUUAAAACCGUAUUCUCUGAAGCCCUUCGGCUUGGUGUUCACGUACUUCUUCUUCCAGCAGUUGUCUGGAACUUUCGUGAUAAUUUUCUACGCUAUAGACAUAGUAAGAAAUGCUGGGGUGAUCUUAGACCCUUACAUAACUAUAGUAAUGGUGGCUCUGACUCGAGUGGUGACAGCCGUUCUUGUGGGAUUUCUAAGCAAGAAGUUCGGUAGGAGACCUCUUUCGAUAGUCUCGGGAACUGGGAUGAUGCUGUGCAUGUUUACUCUAGCUUGUUACAACCUGCUGAUAGACCAAGGGAGAAUUUCGGAGUCACUUCGAUCAAACUUAACGCUCCUACCUCUGCUGGCGGUGAUGCUUUAUUUUUUUACGAGCACCCUAGGGUUUCUACCCGUACCUUUCGCGCUGGCAGCCGAAUAUUUUCCCACAAAGAUACGGGGAACAGCAUCGGGACUGCUUACGGGUUGCGGGUACAUCUUUAACUUUCUGGCUGUCAAGAUUUACCCCACUAUGGUUGACAGUAUGCGCAGUACGGGUGUGUUCUUUUUCUACGGUUGCACAUCCUUGGUUGGUACUGUUUUCUUAAUAUGUUUGCUGCCCGAGACCAGAGGAAAGACCCAGGAAGAGAUUUUGGAGUACUUUGGGAAUAAGACGAACAAAACUGACAUAGAAGAACAGGAAAGAAAUUUUAAGGAAAAUGUUACAGUGUAUUAGAGGAAAGUGUUAUAAUGCAUUAGAAAAGGAGUAUUUUUGGGUUGUGGAAAUGUCGAAACGAGUGAUAUUAGAUAAGAUAUCUUGAAGAGAGGAUUCAAUGAAACCUUUUCCGUCAGUAUUGUUAUCCGUGUUUGUUGUAGAUUAAAGGAAACAUGUACAAACUGUUAAUUUAUUUUCCACUUGUUCUUUUAACUUUAUUUAAUUCAUUUGUACCAAGUACAUCACCUAAGUCUAUUAUGUACAGUUACACAGUUAAUAUAAAUAAAAAUAAGUCCUGUAAAAUCUAA